UGGAAACUAUAAAACGGGCGUUUUUGUUUAGUUAUUUAUUUUCAUUAAACGUCCGUUUCAUAGUUUCCAACCUAAUAUAUAUAAUUUAUAUUCGUAAAUAUUAUUACUAAAACUGUUUUAUCAUCCGUGGUAGAAAGUAUUUUUAUCGAUGAUCGUUAACGCGUACCGACAUUUUCAUUUCACUUAUCGACAAUUUUGUUAUAAUUUUAUAUAAAUUAAAAAAAAAAAAGAAGAAAAAACCUGUUUUAUCAUACGUGGUAUAAUAAUUAUUGUCAAUAAAAUUAAGAAGAUAUUACAGAUAUGUUUAUGUGUUUUCUUUAUCGACAUUCUUACUUUCGAUCAAUCGUAAAACAUAACCUAAUUGUUUUGAGAGGAAAGAGAUACAGUAUCAGGAGGAUUAAAUAACAUAUAUAAACAUGUCAGAAAAUAUAAAAGAUAAUGCAUCCUUGGGGGAAUUAUUUGACAAUGCAUUUUUAUUAUUCAAUAAUAUUAAUAAAACGGAUGAGCCAACGAAUAGUCCGAAAGUACAGUCUGACAUCAGGAAAGCAAUGAAUAUGUUUGAAGAUUUAACAAGAUUCGUAUCUCUAGUGGACAUGUUCAGUGAAAAUGAAACUAUCGAUGAAGUAUCAACGGAACAUCUCAAAUAUCUUCUAUUGCCGGCUCUUCUUGGUACUCUCAUCACUAAAAUAUGUGGUACUGAUGACAGAAUGCAUCUCGUCAAAGUAGCAGAGAUCUAUUUCAUUGAUUUUCUAAAGAGAGUAAAAGCUUAUGAGCUCACAGAUAUAAAUAUUCUUGAACCUAAAUCAGAGGAAGAUAAUAAUGGUACUUCUAAUGACAGAGUAAAAAGUAAUGCCGAGAUGAUUACGGAAAUGGUUUCUCGUAGAAAUACAAAGCUACAAAGAUAUAAAGAACAGAAGGAAUUGGAAACAUGUUUAGAUGUAUUACAAAAAAAUAUGGAUAAUCCAAAUAUCGAUGAAGAUACUAAAAGAGAAUACUUCAUUACCCUUUUGAAAUUAUACAUAAAUCAAACAAUUGAGGAAUUGAGUUCGAUAGCUGCUGAGAAACCUAUUUUGGAGCAUAUGCAAAAAGUGGGACGUUCAGAGACAAUGACAUCUCAUUCUUCGCAAAAAUUUAAAUCAUCUAGUAAUAAACUCCAACCAAUUAUUAUUACUCGAAAUGAGUUGCAAAAAAAAGUUUAUGGCGCUGGAUAUCCUAGUCUUCCAGUAUUAACAGUACAGGAAUUUUAUGAGCAAAGAGUUAAGGAUGGAGAUUGGCCUGAUGCAUCAGCACGUAAUCAAAUAAAUUCUAAAUGUAUGCAAGAUUUAGCAAUUUGUGAUAGUGAUAAUAAUUCUCAAGAAUUAGAAGAUAUACAAAAGGAAGAAAAGAUAGAGAAGGAUGAUCCACAGCUUUUACAACAAAGCCGUGCAAUGGAUGAAUAUAAGGAUAUGCAUCGUAGAGGAUGGGGAAAUCGUGCAAACAGAAGUUAAAUUAACAAUGAUGUAUCGAUAUUAAUCACGAAUAAAUGAGCAGUAGAACCGAAUUAAAAAAAAAUGUUAAAAUCCUUUACUAAACUGCUAAUAUAAAUAUAUAUAUAUAUAUAUAUAUAUAUAUAUAUAUAUAUAUAUAUAUAUAUAUAUAUAUAUAUAUAUAUAAAUAUUAUAAAUUAUAUUCUACGGUGUUAUACAACUUUAAGUUAAAUAAUUAUACAUUAAACAAUAUAAAUUGUAAAAUAUUGUAUUAUAUUAUACCGCAACUUAUAAUAAUUAAGUAUGUAACCUUACAAUUAGCAAAUACGAUGUAUAUUCUAUAUAUAAAAAAAUUAAAGAGAAAAUAAACGAUUAUUGUAAAUUAAAA